GUGACGGUGCUGCCGGUUGGUGGCGCUGUUGAGCCGUUUUAAAGUUCGUUAGCAGUAAUUAGGCUGUGUUCAUGUGGUUAGAUAGUUAAUAUUAUUAAAACACAUUAAAAUGAACAGGUGUGUCUACGGGACAGUGAAGCAGGAAGCCAAUCAGACGAUGGAUUCAUCCAAACAAAAGUCGUUUUUCCUCAGAAGCACCACGGCGGUUUCCCUCAACGAGCGCUUCUCUCAGGUGAUCAAGACUCAAGCAGUGACCUUUGACCCCGUCGUGCUCCAGCAGGAGGCAGGUGAUGAUGCUGUACAGGUAGUCCUGCUGCUGAAGAGAGAGCCGCCAACCCCUGUCCACCUGAAGACCCGUGUUCCCACACUGAGGAGCGACCAUCAGGCGAGGAGGCGGAGCGUGUGGACUCGGCUCAGCUGGCAGCCGCUGGCUCGGCGUUGCUCGACCCGCAGACGUCGAGGUUUCUGGAGCUUCAGGAAGAAGUACAGAUGGGGAGCCCGGUUUGGCUCCGCCCACAGGAGUGGAGGAAACCUGCGCCAUCGACUCGGACAGCGUCGCCUCCUGAAGAAAAGAAACUUCCAGAAGCCGACAGAAGGGGGCGGGGCCUCCUCCUUCAGGGGGCGAAACUGGAAGAGGGGCGUGGUUCCGACCAAAGAGGAGCUGGACGCAGAGCUGGACAAGUACAUGUCUAUGUCCAAGAGACGACUGGACGAGCAGCUGGACGAGUACAUGGCCAUGGCUGGACAGGCGGACCUCCGCUGGGACUGGGGGGUGCGGGGACAGACAGACCUCACCUGGGACUGAGAGGGCAGGGAUAGACAGACGUCACCUGGGACUGAGAGGGCGGGGAUAGACAGACGUCACCUGGGACUGAGAGGGCGGGGAUAGACAGACGUCACCUGGGACUGAGAGGGCGGGGAUAGACAGACGUCACCUGGGACUGAGAGGGCGGGGAUAGACAGACGUCACCUGGGACUGAGAGGGCGGGGAUAGACAGACGUCACCUGGGACUGAGAGGGCGGGGAUAGACAGACGUCACCUGGGACUGAAGGGGCGGGGAUAGA